AUGGAUCAGGAGAAGCUCAAGCGCAUGCAGGCGCAGGUGCGAAUUGGUACGUUUGGGCCGCUGCUGCAUCCCAAUGAUGAUUUAGGUAAAGGAACGCCGCGGAGAAAGACCAAGAAAGUCCACAAGAGCUCCGGCACCGACGACAAGAAACUGCAGACGGCGCUGAAGAAGCUUAAUGUGCAACCUAUCCAAGCGAUUGAGGAGGUGAACAUGUUCAAGGAGGAUGGGAAUGUUAUCCACUUUGCAGCACCCAAGGUUCACGCCUCCGUUCCCUCCAACACAUUCGCCAUCUACGGCAACGGCGAGGACAAGGAACUGACAGAACUUGUGCCGGGCAUCCUGAACCAACUUGGUCCAGAUUCGCUGGCCUCGUUGCGUCGACUUGCUGAAUCGUACCAGAGCCUGCAAAAGAAGGAGGGCGGUGAGAAGAAGGAAGGUGAGGACGAUGAUGACGAGAUCCCGGAUUUGGUGGAAGGCGAGAACUUCGAGGGCAAGGUCGAAUAG